GGUGUAUUCGUGAGAGUGAAAGACAAGUCACUUCACGCCGAGUGCUUCCGAUGUGCCACAUGUGGGACUUCGUUGAAAAACGUCGGCUACUUCACCAUCAAUGAGAAACUCUACUGCGAUAUACACGCCAAACAAGUGUCUAACCUAAUCACACCCGGCGGUGUCAUACUACCCGUCUCGCCCAACCAAAUCAGCAACAAUAUCGGCCCCAAUGUGUCAACCAAUUCAUACAACGCUACACAGAAUCGAGUGGCUCAGGGCUCACCACCUAAUCCGGGUCCUGUCCCAUAUCAU